AUGGAGAAUGAUGAUUAUAAAAAAGAUGAAAGAAAAGAAGAUGAAGAAAAAAGUUCAACCGACAAAGAUGACCAGGAUAAACCGUUCAUCGCGCACAUGGAUUAUCGAAUAAGAUGGAUUCGCGAUAGGGUAUUGAAGUUUCUUGGGCUGACAGAUCGGGAACAUCUUUUUGACGAUUUUAUUAAUGCGAAUAAUCGGUACUUCGAGGACAAGCUACUUAACUUUCUUAUAUUAGAUUUGUACGGAGUGACGGAUCUGGAGAAAAAACUGAUCUUCUUCUACAAAACUUACGUUAGUGAAGUAGUUCAGGAGGAAGUCCCAGUGUGGGAGGAAAGAUAUACGACAAUUGUAACUUUAGGUCAGCGUGCAAAAAUAACAGCAUUGACAGCAUUUACCUUGAAGAGCAGAACGCACAGAUUAACAAAAAGUGCUCCUGGAAAAGUAGAGAAAUAUGAUGAUGAUAAGAAGAAAAAAGAUAAGAAAUUUACCAAAAGAGUUAAAAAAGGCAAAGCCAUGACUGGUAAAGUGAGUUCGGUUGCUAGUCGUAUAGCAAUGAGCACCAGUACCUUACAUACUCCUAGUAUACCAGAAUCUACCGAGGAAGAAGAAGAAGAAGAUGAAGACGAAGUUGAACAGAAUGGUAGCGGUGAUCUUUCUACUUAUUCUAGAAAGAAAGAAGAUUUGAAAAGUGUUUUUGAUAGUUCCGCUUUUGCACCACCGCCCGGAGAAGAAGAUAAAUAUAUUCUAACUAAGAAAUUGGUGGAGAAAGUUUGUCAGAUACCGGCACUUCACAUGAUAUGCGGUCAGAUAGACGGCAAUAGAACUGACCUGCAGGACAUCACGUUCUUCUACUUCAUGCGCUCCAGUGAUGAGGGUAUACCUUCUUUCGAUACUUACGAAGAGUGCCUUAAUGAGAUCACGAAUUAUGUGAUGGUCGGCUCACUCGAUAGCAGAUUCCUGGCUUCCUUGAAUAAAAUAUUGGUUAAUGUAUUUAAGCCAUUGGUGGAGAAUCAAUUCAGAGGACCGGAUUCUUGCGAGCCAUUGCAGGCUGAUGAUGGAAAAAGAAAAAAGGUGGACGUCGAAGCGAUGCCGAUGCUGAAACGACCAUCCGCCUUUAUGGCACCAUCCGUAUUAAUAUCCAAACGAGUCUUGCCUGCAAGAAGAAAGGGGAACGAUGAAGAAACAAUCUCACAGGAUGAAAGAGAUAGAAUGCUAAGACCAAGUUUGAGAAACAAAAGAUCCGAUUUAUCUAUAUCGGUAUCACGGCCCAGCAGAUCGGUCAGUUUGAGCGAAAUGAGAAAACAGCCAAUGAUCGAGAAAAUCAAGGAAGAUAUUUUACAUUAUCUCGACGAUAUGAUAGAGAGCGCGGAAUGGACGUUGGAGCAUAUCGAAGGCGAUAUCUUGCUGACGAUGCCAAAAAUUCCAGAGCUCAACGAUCCUGCGAUAACAGACGAUAUGUUGCUGAAAAAUAAGGAUAUUGUCGAACAAAUGGAAGAAGUAAUUAUGUCGUGGGAAAAACAUAUACAGAAGGUAAUGAAAUCAUAUAUAAACAAAGCGAUUCCGGAGAAAGGACCAAUAGCAGUGUAUCAAUACUGGCAAGAUUGUGAGACCGGAUUUACGAUGUUGGUUGAACAGUUGAAAAUGCCCGUCGUUAAAAGAAUCCUCGCUCUUCUCGAACAAAUACGCUCGCCGAUUGCCUCGAGUUUUCAAUAUUUUCAAACGGAACUAUGGAAGCAUUACAUCGAAGCUAGGGACAACAAUAAGUUUAUUCAAACUCUCAUGAGAUAUUUCAAGUUGAUUGCCGAGUCGGAUUCGUUCGAAUCUAUAGCAGAGUGCAUACCUUCGUUGAUGGAAGGGUUGCGAAUGCUCUGGAUAUUAUCUAGUUAUUACUGCCGCGAGGAGAAAAUGAUGCUGCUAAUGGACCGGAUAUCAUGGCAACUCUGCGAAAAUGUCAGGCGUAAUCUGGCUAUCAUUUUAUUAUUCAAGAAGCCUCUGGAAGAAAUUCUACAAAAGUCGAGCGCAGGCAGCGCAAUGCUGAGACAGUGGAAACGAUCGUAUUUGAAGACUCGACUGGAUAUCGAGAUAUCGGGAAAGGGAAUUCGUUGGGAAUUCGAUCAGAAACGUCUCUUCCAAGACACGGAGUACAUCGCCGAGGUGUGCAGCGACCUGUACAAAAUUGCUGACGUACUGCAAGAUUUUUACAACAUCUUUGGACCCGAUCUCAAAUCUAUCAUAAACGAUCCGGCGCAGAUCGAUGCUGUAGUGAAGCGAGUGGACGCCUUGGUGAUGCCGAUCGAGGAAGCUGACUUCGACAUCUUCAACGUGUUCAACAAGGAGAACUGGGAGGCCAUGACCGCGUGGUUCUACGAACAAGUGACAUAUCUGGAAGAUCAAGCCAAGUUCUACAUCGACGAAUGCUUCACGGUAUUGAUCAGCUCUGAGACCGCGCUAGAGAUGUUGCUCAAGUUUAAGAAUAUAAAGACCCGUGCCGCCAUUCAAAGUUUGCUGCUACGCAAAUUUGACGUGAUUAUGCAGCAGUUUAGCAAAGAGAUUAACAUCGUGGAAAACAUAUAUCACCGCGGCAAACGGCAUCCGCCAUUGCUGACGUAUCAUCCGCCGAUGGCGGGAGCAAUCUUCUGGGUGAGACAGCUAUUUCACAAAUUGCGUAGGUCGGUGCUGAUCUUUCAGGAAGUACGCGUACUGAAGCACAACGAGCUGAAGCUUCUCGCGUUCAGCCAGUACUUUGAUCUCGCGAAGCAAUUGAAAGAGUUCGAGGAAGCGAAGUUUAAUACGUGGCUUGAGAAGGCCUUACUGACAGUAACUACUAUCAUGAAAAAGAGCAUAUUGAGGAUGGUGCGCAUCGAACGGGAUCCUCCGGCUACUCUGACUUUCCCGGAUGACCAAUCAGCCACGAAGGAUCUUCAACCAGUCCAUGUAAUGUCAAAGACAAAGAAUAAAAACGUGGGUUCUAAUUUGUCGACUCCACAUGAAUCUCUAGUGAGACAUGACGGCCUUAUAAUAUCGAAGCCUAGCGCAGAAAUCGAAAGUAUCACGAGCUCUAGAAUUAUCUCUAUGAUUCAGCCGCGUCCGGAAGGGAAGAUCGACGCCAGAGUAUCGUCGUUGAAAGAAGCAGGCAAAAGCUCCACUGUGUCCUCCGACAGACACAACACCCGUGCGAAGAUUACCUGGAAGGAGUUCAUGAGCGGUGCCAUUCUGCUGGAGUGCCAGCUACGGUUUCAAGUCAACUUCGACUGGGAAGUCUUCGAAGUGAUCAGAGAGGCGGAAUUGAUGGAACAGCUGGGCUUCGAGUUGCCCGCGACCGUCAGAGACGUUGGCAUUCAGAAGAAUCGGUUGAGAACAGACCUCGACGCCAUUGGGAAGAUGAUCAAUCAAUACAAUGAUAUCUUGGAAACAUUGGACAAAGCGGACGUGCAGUUACUGAAGCAAACUCUGCAGGAUGUCGAGAAGCACAUUCAGCCUGGCGUGACGCGAUUUAAUUGGAACUCUUUGACCAUCUCGGAUUACGCGGCGGACUGUAAUAGAAUAUUGAAGAACUUGAAUUCCACCAUCAACCAAGUCGAACAGAUAAAGAAAGAGCUUGACAAUCGAAUCAAUUCUGAGCUGGAAUCAUAUCAUCUGUUCUCUACGAAGAAAGAAGUCGCUGAAUCAGAGAUUCUCUUGCCGUGCAAAACCUACUUUAUGGAAAUAAAAAAUCGAAGAUCCGAACUGGUAUCGUCGAUGUUAAAGGCUUACCAGUCAAUCAAUCCGAUGCUUGUAAAACUGGAAAGUUUGGUGCUAGGUACUUCCACCGGAAAAAGCCCAGCCAUGCAGCUCUUGUAUGAAAAAUAUGAGAAAAAAAUCUUUGCUGCCUUUAUAAUGUGCAUGGUAAGAAAUAUGGAGGUUCUGAACAAAAUAUUAAACAACACUAAGCCAAUCUUCCAAGUAGAGGCGAUAUUAAUAGCAUCCGAAGUAGUAUUACGCCCGUCACCCGGAGAGAUCUACAACAUCAUUUGUCAAGACGUGCGAGAUCUACUGGAAAGAUUAAAAGGAUUCCCGAGAUGGAUGAAUGGAACUUGUUUGGAGUGUAAACCACAAAGAAAAGAACUUUCGGAGAAUUUUGUUCUUUUUAGUUUCUUCGAAGAUGUAAUGAGUGUCCGAAUAAUUAAUGAACUCAUAAAAGUAGUUCAGGACACGGUGUACAGAAUCUCGGUGGAAUGCUGGCGAUAUUUGUAUAGAUGGAAGAAAUACAGUAAUUUAUGGUCGUUUGAUAAGAAUCUCGCUUGUGAGAAAUUCGCGGCGACGAAACCCACGCUUAUACAAUACGACGAAAAAUUCACGUUUUACGAAGGCAUUCUGGAGGAAGUCGAAGAUAUGUCGUUCUAUUUCGACAUAAGCAGUGUACGGCUCAAUUUGAUACCGCUCUUAUCAAGCAUCGAAGGUCAAGCAAAGGAGUGGAAACAAGUUUUAGGGAAUUAUCUUCUGUCCGACACUGUGCAGGCUAUGAAUCAGUUGAAAACUCAGAUCGUGAUCUUUCGCGGCGAGAUCGAGCUGGUGGUCACCGGAUUAGAUCGUUUCAUGUCGAUCAUGCAGGCGAUCACCGACGUAAGAAAUAUGGCGAUACAAGCUGAAGUGCAAUAUCUGUCUUAUCAGGAAUGUUUUCAAACAAUGCGCACUCAUGCGAUUGAGUUCUCUCCGUCGGACGAAGCGAUGGCGUAUGAGUUACAACGCAAUUGGGAAUCCUUAUAUCUCGGAGCGUUCUAUAGGGCUUCGACCCUGGAAAGUACCAUCGAAAAAUUUGCCGAAUUAAUCCAAGAUGAAAUCCGGCAGUUCUUAGAUGAAACUGUGAAAUUCGCCAAAGAUUUUGAGACGCAUGGUCCCGGAAGCACCGGGGAUGACCUGGAGCUUGGACUGAAGAAAAUGGAUGAAUAUGGCAAACUGAUCAACAAAUACGAGGAAAGACGCUUGAACCUAAUAAAGUAUGAAACUCUGUUCGAUCUGUCGCCUACCGAUUACUCAGCUUUCCUGAAAAUCAAGGCAGAUUACGAGAGCAUGGAGAAGCUGUAUGAUCUCUACAAACAACAGAGACACGAGCGAGAGGUCUGGGCGAAGACUCUCUGGGUGAACUUGAAUCCCCAGCAGCUUAUCGAGGGUAUGGAACACUUCAUGAGGGAACUCCGACGACUGCCGAAAUCCAUCAGGGAUAUGAACGUCGGUCGCGCCCUGGACGCCAAUAUGAAAAACUUCAAAAACUCAGUGCCGCUCUUCAUCGAGCUAAAGAACGAGGCAAUGCGCGAGAGACACUGGCAAGAGCUGAUGGGAAGAACCGGACAAUAUUUUGAUAUGGAUCCGUACAGAUUUACCUUAGAAAAUAUGUUCGCUAUGGAGCUAGGAAAGUACCAAGACAUCGCCCAAGAUAUUGUGAUGCAUGCCGUGAAGGAGCUUGCGAUAGAAAGAGGCGUAAAAGAAUUAGCGGAAGUAUGGAAGUCUAUGGAAUUCAACGUCGUGAAACAUUAUAAAGGUACGGAAGAUCGUGGCUUUAUUCUUGGAUCUCUCGACGAAUUGAAUCUGGUACUCGAGGACAACAUGCUGACCGUGCACAGCAUGGUGGCUUCGCAAUUUAUUGGACCGUUUCUCAACGUCGUUCAGAAAUGGGAACGCACGAUGCAUACGAUCUCCGAAGUUCUGGAGGUGUGGGUGGAACUGCAGCGAAAGUGGUUAUAUCUUGAGGGCAUCUUUGUGGGCGGCGACAUCCGGCUUCAACUACCGGAUGAAACAAAAAGAUUUGAUGACAUUGAUCAAGCCUUCAAGAAAAUCAUGAAUGAUACCUCGAAGAGACGCAAUGUCUUGGAAUGCUGCACGAUUUAUGGCCGAAAAGAUGAAUUCGAAGCCAUGAUAGCGGCCCUCGAGAAAUGCCAAAAGUCCCUCACGGAAUACCUGCGCAAUAAACGCGUUAUAUUCCCGAGAUUCAACUUUAUUAGCGACGAUGAACUGCUGAGCAUUCUCGGUAGCAGUAACCCUACUAUCAUCCAGGAGCACGUUGGAAAGAUGUUCGAUAAUCUCGAUAAGUUCAAACUGGUGCCUGACAACACAGACAGAUUGAUAGUGACGGCUCUUGUAUCUUGCGAGAGGGAAAUUAUGGAAUUUAGGAAUCCCGUAGCUACGGAGCAUACCAUUGAAAUCUGGAUGGGUCUUGUUCUCGAGGAAAUGAAGAGAUCAAAUCGAUAUUUGACAAAGAAAGCGGUCUACAAUUACGGCAAGAUACGAAAACCAAGAACGAAAUGGAUACUUGAGUUUCAAGGAAUGAUGGUUCUCACGGCCAAUCAGAUAUGGUGGACCGCAGAGGUCGAAAAUGUUUUCGAUAAGAUAUCCCAAGGGAAUAAACGUGCUAUGAAGGAGUAUUUACAACAACUCAACGAUCAAUUAAACGAAGUGGUGACACUGAUGGGCAGUGAUAUACUUACGAGCAACGAUAGAAAGAAGAUUGACAUGGUUUUAACUAUCGACGUGCACAUUCGUGACAUUAUCGAGAUCUUUGUUAGGGACAGCAUUAUAAAUCCCACGGAAUUUGAAUGGGAAAGCCAAUUAAGAUUUUACUGGGUUCAUGAUCUGGAUAAUCUAUGGAUAAACCAAUGCACAAGCACUUUCGAAUACGGUUACGAGUACAUGGGCCUAAAUGGCAGAUUGGUCAUUACGCCUCUGACAGACAGGAUAUAUCUCACGAUUACGCAAGCUCUCUCGAUGCACUUAGGCGGUCCUGCUGGAACCGGCAAGACUGAGACAGUCAAGGAUUUAGCGAAAGCUCUGGGUCUCUUAUGUGUUGUUACUAAUUGCGGAGAAGGAAUGGAUUAUAUCGCGAUCGGCAAGACUCUAGGUGGUCUGGCUCAGUGCGGGGCAUGGGGUUGCUUCGACGAAUUCAAUCGUAUUGAUAGCUCCGUUCUCUCAGUUAUUUCGACCCAGUUGCAAACUAUACGCUCGGCGCUACAAGUUAAAGCUCAAAGAUUUACGUUUGAAGGCCAAGACAUUGUGCUGGACUCGAAAGUGGGAAUUUUCAUCACCAUGAAUCCAGGAUAUGCUGGUCGUACGGAGCUGCCGGAGUCUGUCAAGGCUCUCUUCAGACCGGUCGUCUGCAUAGUGCCGGACAACGAAUUGAUCUGCCAAAUCAAGCUUUUCAGCGCCGGUUUUCUGACGGCGAAGCAGCUCGCCAAGAAAAUGACGGUUCUCUAUAAGCUCGCGAGCAAACAGCUGAGCAAACAAACGCAUUACGAUUUCGGCUUGAGAGCCCUCAAAUCCGUCCUCAACAUGGCCGGCCAGUUGAAAAGAACUUCCAGUGACUUGCCCGAGAACGUCGUGCUGAUGAGAGCUCUCAGAGACAUGAAUUUACCUAAGUUCGUAUACGAUGACGUGCAGCUCUUUUUGGGUUUGAUUAAGGAUCUCUUUCCGGAUUUGGAUUGUCCCAGAGUGCAUUACCCGAACUUUAACGAGGCGGUUGAGACAGUACUGCAAGAGCACGGAUACAUCGUCUUACCAGACCAGGUUGAUAAAGUCAUUCAAUUAUACGAAGUGAUGAUGACCAGACAUUCGACGAUGCUUAUCGGCCCUACCGGCGGUGGUAAAACGGUAAUAAUCGAAACACUAUGCAGGGCACAGACGCAUCUCGGUAAACCUACGAAACUGUAUAUUCUGAAUCCCAAGGCUUGCACCGUCAUUGAAUUGUAUGGAAUGUUGGAGUCUACGACGCGUGAUUGGACGGACGGCCUCUUGAGCAGCAUCUUUCGUGAAAUCAACCGACCUUUAGAUUCCGGCAAGGACGAACGCAAAUACAUAUUUUUCGACGGCGACGUCGAUGCAUUAUGGGUCGAAAACAUGAACUCGGUUAUGGAUGACAACAAGUUGCUGACUCUGGCUAAUCAAGAGAGGAUCAAAAUGCAGGAUCAUUGCAGUCUGCUCUUCGAGGUAGGCGACUUGCAAUACGCCUCACCUGCGACAGUGUCGAGAGCAGGUAUGGUUUACGUUGAUCCGAAGAACUUAGGCUAUCAACCAUACAUGGACAAGUGGAUAGAAGCCAAGAGCAAAACAGACCAAGAUUUUUUUCGCGGAAUGUGCGAGAAAUACGUGCACGGCUCACUCAAACUCAUUAUCCAAGGAAUGUUAGGUCUUCAAGCGGUCGAACCGCUUCGGAUGAUCAUACCACAAACUGACCUCAAUAUGGUAAUUCAACUCUGCUACAUGUUUGAUGGCUUGUUGUCGCUAAAAGACGAAUCGGCGAAUAAAAAAUCUACGGAAAUCAGUCAAGAGGAAGAAGACAGUUCGCUGAUGGCAAAAGAGGAACUCCUGGAAGCGAUGUAUAUUCAAGCGUGCUAUUGGUCAUUCGGCGCGUCUAUUGUAGAUAACGAGCGCCUCAAAUUUGAUGAAUACAUGAAGAAGAUUUCUGGACUUAUACAAGUCCAAGAUACAUCUGCCAAGCUGGCAACCAUUAGAUAUAUACCCGUAUCAUUCCCAACUAUGUACGAUUAUAUAUUGGAUAUCAAGAGAAAAGUUUGGAUGGCGUGGAAAUGGUUGGUACCAACAUAUCUUCAUGAUAGACAAAAAAUCUUUUCGGAUAUCCUAGUGCAAACGAUCGACACUCUGCGUAUCACAUGGUUCGUGAAUCUCAUGAGCAAUCUACAGAGACCGGUAUUAUUGGUUGGGGAAAUUGGUACCUCGAAGACGGCUAUUAUUCAUGAGUUUUUGAGAAACUUGUCCCCCGAGAAAUAUGAGCAACUUCUAAUUAACUUCUCGUCAAGAACCACUUCGAUGGACGUGCAGAAGAAUAUUGAAUCGGUAGUGGAGAGAAGAUCGAGAGAAAUAUUUGGACCACCGCCCGGGAAAAAAUUAGUCAUCUUCAUCGAUGACAUGAACAUGCCAAUCGUGGACACUUACGGAACCCAACAACCUAUUGCGCUCCUUAAACUGCUGUUCGAAAGAGGUGGCUUUUACGAUCGCGGACGUGAUCUAAACUGGAAGUAUAUGAAAGACAUUUAUUAUUUAGCUGCCAUGGGAAAACCUGGUGGAGGCAGGAACGAAGUCGAUCCACGAUUUAUCUCGAUGUUCUCAGUUUACAACGUGACUUUUCCAUCGAGCGAGACUCUCAAUUAUAUUUACACGAGUAUUCUGUCCGGUCACCUGCAAACGUUUUCUGAGGAAAUUCAAUCUAUCGCAAAAGGACUCGUACAAUUGAUGUUGGAAAUUUACGAGACAGUUAGAAAAGAGUUACUACCAACACCGUCCAAAUUCCAUUACAUUUUCAACAUGCGUGAUCUUUCAAGAAUCACGGCUGGACUCCUUCAGAGUCAUUCUAACUUCUAUCCAGACGUAAAACAAUUCAUUAGAUUAUGGAGGAAUGAGGUCACCAGAAUCAUGUGCGAUCGUCUUAUCAGCGUUCAAGACGAGAAUUUCGUCAUCGAUCGGUUGAAGGAGAAGAUACAGAAUUAUUGGGAAUUAGAACCAGAAGUGAUUCAGUAUAGUUUACGAGAUCCGAUGCUUUACGGAGAUUUCAGAAACGCUUGCAACGAGGAUGAGCCUAGAUUUUACGAGGAUCUGCUAGACUACGAGGCGGUUUACAGCUUGUUCCUGGAAAUUUUUGAUGAGUACAAUGAGAAGACCAAAACCAAGCUACAUAUGGUCCUCUUUAACGAUGCGCUUGAGCAUCUUACCAGAGUGCAUCGUGCACUCCGAAUGCACCGUGGUCACGUGCUUGUCGUUGGUACCGGCGGCAGCGGUAAGAAGUCCGUGAUAAAGCUAGCGUCUUUCGCCGCCAGUUACCAGCUCUUCCAGAUCGUCCUGAGUCGCGGUUACAACGAGACAUUCUUCCGCGAGGACAUGAAGAGCCUGUACAACAUGGUCGGCGUAGAGAAUAAAAGGGUUGUGUUCAUGUUUACGUCCGCCCACAUUAAGAACGAAGGCUUUCUCGAGCUGGUGAACAACAUGCUGACGGCAAGCUUCGUGCCGGCUCUCUUCAACGAGGAAGAAAGGGACGCGAUUGUCACUUCCUGCAGAGAAGUGGCGGUUAAAGCAGGCUUCGAUAUCUCAAAAAAGAGCGUCUGGUCGUACUUCGUUAAGACGUGCAUCGCGAAUUUGCGAAUAGCGCUGACGAUGAGUCCGUCGGGUGACGCUUUGCGAACGCGAUGCCGCAAUUAUCCAGGCUUAAUUCAUAACACCACCGUGGAUUGGAUGUUUCCGUGGCCCGAAGAGGCCUUGAUUGCUGUCGCGAACGUUCUUCUUAGAGACAAUCCGAUUGUGCCAGAGGAAUACAGAGAGAUGAUUGUAAAUCACAUUGUGUACGUACACACAUCUGUACUGCAAUACACUGUGGAUUUCGCGACGAAACUGAAAAGACGAAAUUAUGUCACGCCGAGGCAUUUCCUAGAUUUCAUCAACACUUAUCUCAAACUACUGACAGAGAAGAAAAACUUCAUAAAUUCUCACUGUGCGCGUCUUUCCGGAGGAUUGCAGAAAAUCGCGGAGGCUUCGGUAACUCUGAUUGAACUGAACAAAAUUCUGGCUGUGCAAAGGAUCAAAGUGGCCGACCAGACGAAGAAUUGUGAGCAGUUGCUCGCGUCCAUCGGCGAAAGCACGGAUGUCGCGAUGGAGAAGAAAAAUCUGAGCGAGGAGAAAAGAAAGGAAAUUGAGGACAAGAAGAAGAUGAUCACCAAGGAGGAAACGGAUGCCAAGAAGGCAUUAGUAGAGGCUCAACCGGCUCUCGAUGCGGCCAGACUCGCACUGGGCGAACUCGAUAAAGCCGACAUCACGGAGAUAAGAUCCUUCGCCACUCCGCCUGAGCCAGUGCAGAUCGUUUCGGAAUGCGUCGCGAUGCUUCGUGGGGUCAAGGAUGUGUCCUGGAAAGGAGCGAAAGGAAUGAUGAGCGAUCCGGGAUUCUUGAGAAGCUUGCAGGAGAUGAAUUGCGAGCAAAUCACUCUGAAACAGCAGCAAGCGGUACGGACGCACUUGAAAAAGACGGACAAGCUGGAUCAAAUGCAGGUCAUCAGCAGAGCAGGAUAUGGCUUGUACAAAUUUGUCCUCGCCGUUUUGGAUUAUUGUGCCGUUUAUAAAGAGGUACUAUAUAUUAUGUAUAGCGAUUGGCAGAGAAGCAUCCUGGAAAAAGAUUUACCUCUGUCGAAGCCUUUUAAGCUCGAGACUCAACUGAGCGACGACGUUGAAAUCAGCACAUGGAAUUCGGAAGGUCUUCCACCGGAUGAGUUGUCCGUGCAAAACGGCAUAUUGACCACGAAAGCAACCAGAUUUCCGCUUUGCAUCGAUCCGCAGCAACAAGCGCUGAAUUGGAUCAAGAAGAGAGAGAAGAAGAAGAAUCUAAAGAUCCUCUCCUUCACGGACGCGGAUUUCUUGAAGCAAGUAGAAUUGGCGAUCAAAUAUGGUUUACCGGUACUUCUCCAGGAUGUUGACGAGAUUGAUCCCAUCUUGGACAACAUCUUAUCAAAAAAUAUUCAGACCGCUGCAGGACGAACUUUUGUCAUUAUCGGUGAUAAGGAGAUAGAUUAUGAUCCAAGAUUUCGUAUGUAUUUGACAACCAAAAUGACUAAUCCAGUGCUGGAUCCCGCCGUGUAUGCCAAAGCAGUUGUUAUCAAUUAUAUGGUUACCACAGCAGGUUUGGAGAACCAACUUUUAUCAGUCGUUGUGAGAAUCGAAAGACCGGACAUCGAGGAGCAACGGGAAACGUUGAUCCUAGAAACGAGCGAGAACAAGAACUUGUUGCAACAAUUGGAAGACAGUCUCCUGCGCGAAAUCGCUAUGGAUCAAGGUAACAUGGUGGACAACAUCGAUUUGAUCGAGACUCUGGAUAACAUCAAGUCUAGAACCAACGAAGUGAUGACGAAACUGUUCCUUGCGGAAGUCACUUCGGCCGACAUAGACAAACUUCGCGAUGGCUAUCGACCGGCGGCGGAACAAGGCGCUAUUCUGUUCUCCGUGCUGGCCGAUAUGGCUACCGUAAACACCAUGUACCAGUAUUCUCUGAUCAGCUACGUCGAGGUGUUUAUCCAUUCGCUUAAAAGAUCGCUGCCGGAUCCAGUGCUCGUCAAGCGGUUGCAGAACAUAAUUCCGACGUUGACAAAGAACGUCUACGAUUACGGCUGUAUCGGCAUCUUCGAGCGGCACAAAUUGCUCUUUUCCUUGCAAAUUUGCGUGAAAAUAGAAAGAAAUGUGGGCAACGUAAACCAGAAGCAGCUAGACUUCUUCAUCAAAGGUAGCAUGUCCUUGGAGAAAUCACCCCAAGUGAAUCCCACCAGAUGGCUGCCGCAAUUGGGCUGGGAGGACAUUCUCAAACUGGCGAGCGAUUUCCCGGACAAAUUCGAACAGCUUCCAGAAGAGCUGCGGGAUUGCGAGGACGAAUGGAAAUAUUGGUACGAUUCGGAUACGCCGGAAUCGGACGAACUGCCGUGCGAAUAUAAUACGCGAUUGACGCCCUUCGAGAAACUGAUGCUGAUACGCUGCUUCCGCGUGGAUCGCGUUUACCGCGGCAUCAUCAAUUACGUUAUCGAUAUCAUGGGUGAGCAAUACAUCACGCCACCUCACAUGAGCUACGAUAUGAUUUUCGAGGAGAGUACGCCCACCAUGCCCGUGGUCUUCCUCUUGAGCCCAGGCUCGGAUCCUACUUCGGAGUUGAUGAAGCUGGCCGAUCGAUACGGCUGCGGUGGUGGAAAGUUCAGAUAUCUUUCGCUUGGUCAAGGUCAAAACAAGAUCGCGAUGGAAUUGUUGGAUAUAGCGAUAGCGAGAGGUCAGUGGCUGAUGCUCCAGAAUUGCCACCUCUUGUUGUCUUUCACAAAAGAUCUAGAAAAGGUUGUGGAGAACAUAGGAAAGCCUCAUCCUGACUUUCGCUUGUGGCUCACUACGGAACCUACUCCUAAUUUUCCAAUCGGAAUACUGCAACAAUCACUAAAAGUGGUAACGGAACCACCAAGCGGAUUGAAACUAAACUUGCAAAACACGUACAUCAACAUGCGACCACAGAUUUUGGAAAGUUGUUCCCAUCCUCUUUACAAGCACUUAAUUUACGUUCUAACUUUCUAUCAUGCGGUUAUUCAGGAGAGAAGAAGGUACGGCAAAAUUGGAUGGAAUAUAAAGUAUGAUUUCAAUGAAUCAGAUUUUAACGUGUGUACUACCAUCCUAGAUACUUAUUUGACAAAAGCACUGGCAACAGAGGAGUCUAACGUACCGUGGAACAGUCUCAAGUAUUUAAUUGGAGAGGUGAUGUACGGCGGAAGAGUGAUAGACAGCUACGACCGUCGCGUUUCUUACACCUACAUGGACGAGUAUUUCGGUGAUUUUCUGUUUGAUGAGUUUCAACCGUUCUACUUUUAUAAGAAUACCGUCAACUACGUGAUACCACUGGAAGGAGAUCGCGACGAUUAUUUACGAUUCAUCGAGGAGCUUCCUCUCGUUAAUACUCCCGAAGUGUUUGGAUUGCAUCCGAACGCCGAGAUCGGAUACUUUACGCAGGCAGUCAAGGGAAUGUGGAGGCGUCUCAUUGAACUUCAGCCACAAACCGCGGUGAGCGUUACCGGUAUCGGCAAAGAUGAAUUUAUCGAUAACAUAGCGAAAGAGAUCUCGGUCAAGAUACCCGCGCCAUACGAUAUUAAUAAAGUCAAGAAAAAUUUCGGCGUGGCCGUAACACCAACUGCAAUUGUCUUGUUUCAAGAAUUAGAAAGAUUCAAUAGAUUAAUAAAAACGAUAACGAGGACAUUGAACCAGCUAAGAAAGGCCAUCAUAGGUGAAAUCGGAAUGGACACGACGCUGGAAAACAUUUCCGUGGCGCUUUAUAACGGUACUCUGCCCAAAGAAUGGGCCAACUUCGCACCGGACACACGAAAAAAUCUUGCUGGUUGGAUGGACCAUUUUCAAAGAAGAAUAGACCAAUACACGAAUUGGUCUGGCGCGAACGAGCCCGUAGUACUUUGGUUGUCUGGAUUACACGUGCCGGAAACUUACCUGGCGGCUUUGAUUCAGAUAGCUUGUCGCAAGAACAACUGGCCUCUCGACCGUUCCGUCAUUUACACGACGGUGUCGAGAUUCUCCAAACCUGACAAUGUAGAAGAAAGACCUGAUCAGGGCUGUUAUGUGUACGGAUUGUACUUGGAAGGUGCCAGAUGGGAUGUCGAAGAGCAUCGUUUGAAAAGAUCGCAUCCGAAAGUUUUGAUAGAGGAGCUGCCAAUAUUAACAAUCAUACCUACUGAAAUUCAUCGACUGAAAUUACAGAAUACGUUUAAAACUCCCGUAUAUACUACAUUGAACCGGCGAAAUACUCUAGGUGUUGGUUUAGUUUUCGAGGCAGAUUUGGCGACUCCGGAACAUAUUUCACAUUGGGUACUUCAGGGUGUUUGUCUUGUAUUAAAUACAGAUUAA